AUGCGCGGAUGCGGCGCACCCCUCCGUGCAACCCAAACCACACAAGCCGUCCACCCCUCACGACGACGAGCACAACCACCGCAACUCCUUCGCAACAUACACAACACAUGUCCUCGCAGCAAGAAACUCAACCUGCCCUCCGGCCAAGUCACGCAGACUACUGCCCCCUCACCAUCCAAAUACUGGCCCAAGUAUGAAAUCCCCCAAGGCGCCCCGCAACUCAUCUACGACCCGAAAACCAAAACCAACGAUCCCAUCACAAUCUCAUGGACAGACGAACUCCUCUUCGUCCAGGAUGGACCGGACGGCUCCCCUCGGGCCCUGAAACCGGCCACCCUCCGCGAUAGCUGCACCUGCACCGCCUGCAAAGACCCGUCCUCCGGCCAAAAGUCCUUUGCGAGCAUCGAAAUCUCCCCCAAGAUAGGCAUAUCGUCCGUCCGCGCAACCGAGUCCGGCCUGGGAAUCACUUUCUCCAACGACAUGGCGCGGUACGCAAACCACGAAAUGAUCCUCCCCUGGACGCAACUCACCGCCUCACCGAAGCGACCAGCCCUGAACCCGUCCCUCAAAAGCAACAUCCUCCGCCGCACAGGCGUCCAGUACUGGGACGCGGCAACCCUCGCCAAGCAUGUCCGCAAGAUCCCCUACAGCGACUUCAUGGCCGACGGCCCCUCCUUCUGGGACGUCGUCAUCGACAUAUGCCGCCUGGGGAUCGUGUACCUCAAAGACGUGCCGCGCGACGAAGCCUCCAUCGUGAACAUCACCACCCGCAUCGCCAACAUCCGCGAGACCUUCUACGGGCGCACCUUUGACGUGCGCGCGAAGCCUAACGCCGAGAACGUCGCCUACACAAGCGGCUACCUAGGUCUACACCAGGACCUGUGCUACCUCGCUCCCCCACCCAUGAUCCAGGUCCUGCACUGCAUGGACAAUUCCUGCUCAGGCGGGGAGUCGCUCUUCAGCGAUGGCGAGCGCGCAGGCCGUCUCCUCUGGCCGUUCGUCUCGCAGGGCGGCAAGAUGGCCAGUCUGGCGGAGCACCGGGUGCCGUAUCAGUACGACAAGCACGGGUACUUCUACCAUGCGGACAGGGCGGUCAUCGACGCGGAUGAAGAUGGCUUCGCGGGCGUGUACUGGUCGCCGCCGUUUCAGGGCGGGUACAGCGCCAAUCUGGGGAGGGAUAUCACCGACUGGAUUGAGGCGGCGAGGGUGUUUGAGGGGUUGGUGAAUGAUGAGAGUGCCGUGCAUAGCUACAAGAUGGAGGAGGGGGAGUGUGUGCUGUUUGAUAAUCUGAGGACUAUGCACGGUCGGAAUGCGUUUGAUGCGGGUAAGGGCGGGUCGAGGUGGUUGCGUGGUGCGUAUAUUGCCCGGGAGGACUUUUUGAGUAGAGCUGCGUAUAUACCUGAUGGGCAGGCGGAGAUGUAUAGAGGGAGUGAGGAGUGGACGGGGGACAGGGCGCAGGGGGAGUUGAGGGAUGGGGAGUGGUGGGGAGAUGUGGUGAGGAGGGUGAGGGAGGUGGAUGGGGAUGUUGAAGCCUGA